AUGGCAGGAGGACCAAGGGCACCAGGAUUCCACCCACAUCUCCCUGGAAAGGGCUACACGUUCCUUGGAACUGCCCUAGGCGCAACAAUGUGGUUCUUCAUCUUCUACCGAGCCCGACAAGACGGUGCAAAGCUUUUGGGCAAACACCCAUGGGACAGCGAGCACCACUAA